UGCCCCUCGACGCAUUCUUCUGCCACGCACCGUGACAAUGGAAGUGCGCCGUAGACGCACGAGGCUACAAACUGACGAUAAAUUCAGCGCGAGUUUGGAAUGCGACGUCGACACAACGACGGACCGCUCAAGGAUAAUCCAACGGGACGAGAGAGAUAGAGAAACUGUCUCGGACAAGUUGAUAGAAAGUAACAAAGCAAAUCAAUCGAAUUUCAUCGAGUCAAAGAAACUUUCAACGAAAGAUGCAAUUCGCGCUCGGAUCAAGAUCAGUCUGGAGAUCGAUUUGAUAGCGGCGAUUUUAUUAAUUACUGGCAUUUGCACUCGUCUUUAUCGUCUGGAGGAACCACGCAGUAUAGUCUUUGAUGAGCUACAUUAUGGCAGGUACGUCGGAUUGUAUAUGAAGAAGACGUUCUUCUUCGACUCCCAUCCGCCUCUAGGGAAGCAACUGGUCUCCGCGGCGGCGUACCUCGCGGGCUUCGACGGGCAAUUCAAGUUCGACCGGAUCGGCAGUCCUUACGACGAUGCGGUCCCUUUGUACGCCCUACGUCUGAUACCGGCGAUAUGCGGUAGUCUGCUGAUUCCCACAGGAUAUCACCUCGUUCUGGAGCUGGGUCUGAGACAAUGGGCGGCUGCGAUCGGCGGAAUCUUACUGUUGCUCGAUAAUGCACUGCUGACACAGUCGAGAUUUAUCCUGAUGGAAAGUAUUCUAAUGCAAUUCUCACUGCUUGGUUUACUGUGUAUUUUGAAGUUUCGUAAAGUCAUGGACCGACCGAUGUCCGCGUCCUGGUGGAUAUGGCUGACGUUAGGCAUGGUGAACUUAACAUGCGCACUGUGCGUGAAGUAUGUCGGCUUCUACUCCAUGGUCCUCGCGAUUUUUCUGAUCGCCCGCGAUUAUUGGUCCCUACUGCCUAGGAAGACUUUGUCGAACGCGAUCUUAUGCGUCCAUCUUCUGAUAAGGCUUGCCGUGUUGAUUGUUGUUAUAUGUACCGUGUACUUGAGCAUAUUCUACGUACAUCUAGCGAUACUCUCGAAGGCGGGACCACACGACUCAGUGAUGACCAGCGCGUUCCAAGCGAGUUUAGAGGGAGGACUCGCCAGUAUCACGAAGGGGCAGCCUCUGGAGGUGACACACGGCUCGCAGAUCACUCUUAGACAUACGUACGGUAGAGCAUGUUGGCUGCACAGUCAUAGCCACAUGUAUCCGUUGCGCUAUCCUGACGGUCGUGGCAGCUCUCAUCAGCAGCAGGUGACAUGUUAUUCAUUCAAGGACGUCAACAACUGGUGGAUCGUCAAGAAGCCGGACAGGAACGACUUGGUGGUGACGAAACCCAGCGAGCCGAUCCGACAUGGCGACAUGAUACAGUUGGUGCACGGGAUCACGAGCAGGGCGCUGAACUCCCACGACGUGGCGGCGCCGAUGACGCCGCAGAGCCAAGAAGUGUCCUGCUACAUCGACUACAACGUGUCGAUGCCGGCGCAGAAUCUCUGGCGUGUGGAGAUCGCGAAUCGGGAACAGUCCGGCGACGCGUGGCAUGCCAUUCAAAGCCAGGUGCGACUGAUACACGUGCACGCGAACGCGGAAUUCGCGCUGAAAUUCAGCGGCAGGCAGCUGCCCGACUGGGGCUUCAAUCAGCAUGAGGUAGUCGCAGACCGCCUGGCGGAUCAGACCAACUCCAUCUGGAACGUUGAGGAGCAUCGAUACACCAAGAACGAGGAUCAGAAGCAGCGCGAGCGCGAACUAAUCAGCGCGGAGAUGAUACCGUUGCAAGUGACUGCGCUGAGUUUUUGGGAGAAGUUUGCGGAACUGCAAGUCAAAAUGCUGUUCAGCGGCCAAGAAGGUCAAAAUAGCCACAUGUACUCUAGCGGGCCUCUUGAAUGGCCACUGAUGUCCAGGGGAAUCGCAUAUUGGGUAUCUAAUGACAGCAACGCACAAGUGCAUCUUUUAGGGAACAUUGCGAUUUGGUACUCCGGCACAACUUCAGUGAUUGUAUAUUCCGCCCUACUGAUAUUUUAUCUAAUGAGAAGAAGACGAAAGUGCUUCGACAUUGCCGAGGAGGAAUGGGAAAAGUUCGUUAACAACGCUUAUGUACUGUUGGCCGGAUACUUUCUUCACUUCUUGCCAUUUUUGUUUGUUGAACGAACUUUGUUUCUGCACCAUUAUUUGCCGGCUUUUGUUUUCAAAGUCUUAUUAACAGCCGCUACGAUUGACCACCUGUCUUACUUGACUGGCUGCGUUCCCGGUACUCAUCGUCCGUGGAGUGUCAUCUCAUAUGUUCUAAGAUGCAGCACUUUCGCCUGGGUGUUGUUUGUCAUCUAUGUGUUCAAGAAAUUUGUUGUACUUAGCUACGGGACGUCGGUUCUCAGCGCCAAGGAUGUGAUAAAGUUGAGAUGGAAAGAUACCUGGGACUUCAUUGUACAUAAAACAUGAAAGUUCGCCGUACUUAAAGAUGACAAAAACUCAUUUAAAAACUAAAGGAAAUAUUUUUAAUAGAAAUACUGUGUAUAUCGUAUCGAAUGAACUUACGAAUUAACGUGAUUUUAUAAAGAAAUUUAACGGAUGUUACUGCGUCUGAUGCAUAAUAUUUUUCUUUAUAUAAAGUGAUAAAGUGCCAGAAAUAGGGAGUAAAUGAUAUUAUGAUAGCCUCUUGAUAUCGUAAAGAGUUAAACGUGAGCAUAGACUGACUCUAUUUUAUAAAAUCAUGUGCAUUUAUUUAAACUUUAAGCUGUGGAAGUGGCAAACAUAUUUAAAAAGAGCGAACGUUAUAUAUCGCAAAUAAUUUUAAUAUAU